AUGCCCGCCGCCGGCUCCGAGCCGCCCCAGGCCCCGCCGCCCGCCGCGCAGGAGCCGGGCGCCGAGCCGCGGCCGCACGGGGAGCGGCAGUACCUGGGGCAGAUCGAGCACAUCCUCCGCUGCGGCUCCCGCAAGGACGACCGCACGGGCACGGGCACGCUGUCGGUGUUCGGCCUGCAGGCGCGCUACAGCCUGAGAGAUGAGUUUCCUCUGCUGACAACCAAGCGUGUGUUCUGGAAGGGUGUUCUGGAGGAGUUGCUGUGGUUUAUCAAGGGGUCCACGAACGCUAAAGAGCUGUCGUCCAAGGGAGUGAAAAUCUGGGAUGCCAACGGGUCCCGUGACUUCCUGGACAGCCUGGGGUUCUCCAGCAGAAAAGAAGGAGACUUAGGCCCCGUCUAUGGCUUUCAGUGGAGGCAUUUUGGGGCCGAAUACAAAGAUAUGGAGUCAGAUUAUUCCGGUCAAGGCGUAGACCAACUGCAAAAGGUGAUUGACACCAUCAAAACCAACCCUGACGACAGAAGAAUCAUCCUCUGUGCUUGGAACCCAAAAGAUCUUCCUUCCAUGGCCCUGCCUCCAUGCCAUGCCCUCUGCCAGUUCUACGUGGUGAACGGGGAGCUGUCCUGCCAGCUGUACCAGCGCUCAGCGGACAUGGGGCUGGGUGUGCCCUUCAACAUCGCCAGCUACGCCCUGCUCACCUACAUGAUCGCACACAUCACAGGCCUGAAGCCAGGUGACUUUGUACACACUUUGGGAGAUGCACACGUCUACCUGAAUCAUAUUGAGCCACUGAAAAUGCAGCUUCAGCGAGAACCCAGGCCUUUCCCGAAGCUGAAGAUCCUUCGGAAAGUGGAGACAAUCGAUGACUUCAGGACGGAAGACUUUCAGAUUGAAGGCUACAAUCCUCAUCCGACUAUUAAAAUGGAAAUGGCCGUGUAA